GGUGUCGCAAACUUUGCUGGCGGGAACGUGAGCAUCAACUGGAGAAACCCGUGAAAAUCAUGAAAAGGGAAAGGAUAAAAUCCAUUUACUGAAGUUGUUCAGAAGAUACAAGUAUGAAGUUCUCGGACCCAGUCUCAUUGUAGCCCGGGCUUAAACUUCUUUCUUUGGGUGGUAGGUAGAAAUUGCCACCAUGAAUUUUUAUCCACGACCACCAUUUGGGAACAGACCACCUGAUCCUAUGUUCCUUCACCACCAAACACAGAUAUUCUAUUACAAGAAGCAGGAAGCCCAGCAGGCCUUGAAUGGUAAUAGACUUGGACAGGCAGUGGAAUUAUACACAGAGGCCCUACAGUUGGCACAGACAUUCCCCCACCUCAUACAAGAAAUGCCCAAAAUUCUCAGCAAUAGAUCUUUGGUGUUUUUCAAACAAAGAGAACUGACAAAAGCCUUAGAGGAUGCUAAUUUUAGUAUUCAUCGGGACCCAAGAUGGGUGAAGGGAUACUGGCGUGCAGCUCAGGCCCACAAGGAAAUGAGACAAUUCGCUCCAGCUCUGGAUGCUGCAAUAGGCGGAUACAAUGUGGCUGAAUCUCAGGAGCUGGAAGAGGAAGUGCUCAGUUUCCUAACUGAAAUUGUCACAAUCAUUGUGGUCUUUAGACAUGACCCAAGGCACCUGUUGGAAACUAAUGAGAUUCACCCAGGCUCCAUCCAGAAUCAGAGAAAGCUCCUCCAGCGGCUGGCCAACAAUAACUGCUGGGAGGGGGUAAGUCUGCUGGUGCUGGGGAUCCAUGCGGGACCCCCCAGUUCUCUGGACGCUUCAGCUGCCAGUUGCCCAGUGGAUAACCUCUCUGUGGGAACACUACUAAGGAGUACCUCUGCUGCUGACCUCAAGAGAUUUGGUAUAGAUCUGGCCAUCUGUCUUCUAAAGAGUGGAGCUUCGUAUGAGGAUGUAGAAAAGAAGAUGGGCAUACCGGUCAUUCAUGUAGGACUGAGAGUUGCUUUAGAUACAGGAAAUAUUGAUUUGAUAAAACUGAUGUUCAGUCAGUAUUUGAAAACGCCAGAAUUAAAAGAUGCUGUGGACAAUAAGAAGAGAACACCUUUCCAUGUUCUGGUGCACUCACGGAGGAUGAACGACACAAUGGGAGAGGCUCUGCUCCGUCUGCUUAUCAACAAUGGAUGUCGAUCAUCCAUGCCAGACGAAGAUGGCAAACUUCCCAUAGACUAUCUCACACCGACUGAUGUGGGAUACAUCAUCUUGUCCAACUGCACAAAAGUUGCAGGAAGCCAUGUGAAAGACAGAAUUUUGCGUCUGAAAGAGCAGGGAAACACAGCAUUUAAAAACAAGGAAUUUGAAGAAGCUCUGAUUUUCUACAGCCGGGCUAUUAACAUGGUCAGGGGCUAUGAAAAUUUGAAUCGUGAGACGGCUACAGUGCUGACAAAUCGUGCCACGGUUCACAUGGAGUUGCACAGUAUACAGGAGGCCCUGGAGGAUGCUGAGGAGGCUGUUAAAUGUGACCCCACAUGGAUGAAGGGACAUUGGAGGCGUGGAAAGAUUUUACAACGAAUUAUGAACCAUAGAGAAGCUUACAGCGCUUUCUUGGAGGGAUAUCGUAAAGGAGAAGGCACCACCUCAGAAAAACACAGCAUGCUUGUGGAGGCCAUUGUGUCUUUCCAAAAUAUUAAAGGAAAUCAGGAACUUGAGGCGAGUUACAAAGGCUUGAGUAAGGUCACCAAUGAUGUGUGGGCAGACGUAAUCUCCAGACUCAGCCUUAGAGGUGAAUGGGGAGCCAUUAGAUAUGUGAUCCUUGGAAUCAACUUCAAGUUUAAUGGUGGGCAAGUGGUAGCCAUGGGUUUUGGUAGAGAUGCGGAUAUACAGGGGAUGACCUAUGGUACUAUAUUCCCGUAUCUAGAGCAGCAGGAGGACCCAGCCUCUGUGAGUUACUGGAUAACCCCUCUAGUCCUCUAUCUCAUCACACGAAGGGGAGAUCUAGACAGUUUGAUGCGCUUCGUGGAGUCGGUCCAAGACACUCCCCUUCAUGCUGCUACAAGAUUCUGUGCUCUCACAGGAGACACGGUGUUAUUGAAGAACAUGCCAGACAGUCCGCAGAUGAUCACGUUUAUGGAUGGUCAAGGGGAUUCCCCAUUCCAUACACUUCUGAAGCUGUACCCCACCCUCCAGGGAAAACUUCUCUCCAACAUUGUCAAACUGCUGCUGCAGAAGGGGGUGUCCCCCACAGUACCAGAUCGGAGCCAGUGCCUCCCUAUUGACUACGUGACUCAAAGUAAAAACAAGGAGGUGUUCGACAUGCUGAGGAAAUUCUCCAAGCCCACAGAAAAUGUGAAACCCAAAGAAAAACCACCGGAAACAUCUCAGAAUCCAACAGCCAAAAAAACCAGACCAGAAUCAUCUUCCAAAAGUGAAUCAUUGACGACCAAAGCAAACUCUCGCAUACAAGAGAUAAAAUCUAAAGCCAAUCAGCUGUUCAGAGAAGGCAGCAUAGAAGAUGCUCUGGGUCUGUACACUUCCCUGUUGGAGUACAUCUUUGGAAGCUGUAAGGAUGAAGUGGAAAACCACGAGAUAGCUGUGAUAUAUGGCAACAAAGCAGAAUGUCUGUUGAAAAUGGCUAGAUACGAGGAAGCAUUUGAUGCUGCUGUAGAAAGUGUGGGCUUUGAUGGCCACUGGUUUAAGUCCCACUUAAGAGUGGGCAAUGCACAGGCAGCACUUGGGAGAUUCAGUGCAGCUCUCCAGGCCUUCAGUAAUGCGUGUAAUGAGUUAGAGGAGACAGGGCCAAAUCUCAGUAUUCGAAGAGAGAUUCUCGGAGAAGUGUCCAACAGCAUCCCCAAGGAGAAACUUGGCCAAAGUGGUGGAUUGUUCCCCGUACUGAAUUUGAAAGGUUGUAACAAUCAGGUUUGGGCACUGACCAGUUAUGACUUGGUAUGUAAGGGACAAUGGGAGUGUGCCAGGUUUGCUUAUUUCCAGUAUCGUCAAAGGACAAUAGAUAUCAAUAUAUACCACGAGAUGAGAGUGAAUUUGCAGUCCCUGUGCGUCCUUGACCAGAUUGUUACAGAGGACUGGCUGUUGGAGGUGAUCCUUUUUUUAAUUCGAGGAGGAAGUGACUAUCACACACUGUCGCUAGAACGAGGGGACACUUACUUUCAUGCUGUGGUCAGGAUGACCUUGUUGACUGGUACUCUUGAAUUAUUCCUGUAUAUUGUGGAGAAAGUUAAAGAGAAUGAUGAAAAGAACCUACAAGACAGCCAUGGAAACACGGUCCUUCACGUGGCCACCAAAGAGGCAAACACAAGACCACAACUUCGACUGGAGAUCAUUUAUAUCUUGUUGGAGAUGCAGGUCAAUCCCAUGAUGAAAAAUAAAGCUGGGAAGUAUGCAGUGCAGUAUCUACCUAGAGGGGAAGGCCAGGCGAUCAGUUCACUACAUCAGAGGAUGACAGAACAGGAAGCCAUGGAAAAGGAAGUAAGGAAGCAGAAAGCUAAACAGGAGCAGGAACGACAGAAACAGGAACGACUGAGACAACAGGAUCUCCAUCGACUUCAACAGCAAGAGAAACGAGAGGAGAUGGAGAGAAAACGACAGCAGCAAAAUGAGAAGGCUAAAGAAGAUAGCAGGAAAAAAGAAGCCGCGAGGAAUAGAACACCGGAGUCUUCUUGUGCUAGUUACUGUGAACAGCGAAUAGAAGAGGCUAAGGAGAAGUUGAAGGAAAACAACAUGAGGCAUGGCUAUCAAAGUCUGGCGGAGAUACUGAGAAAAGACCACAGGUCGGAUAAACACAAAGAACUGGAGAAGAAAGCAUUAAGCAUUAUAAUCAGCUCUCUUGGGAGAUCACUUAAUCCAGAAAUUCCUGAGAAACUUGUUAAAAUACCAAGCAAGCUGUAUGAGCAGAUUAUCCAGGGACUGGCAGGCAAUGAGAAGUGGAGACAAGUCCAUGCUGCAGUGAAAGAAUUCAGGCUUCAUUAUGGAGACCUGGCCUUACCAAACUUUGCCAAAUCUAUGUCUGUGGCCAAAGUCAUUCGACAUUCCUCAUUUCAAGGGGCUGAGCAAGUGUUAGUUGAUAUAGUGGAUUGCAUGCUAAAUGGAGGAGCUGAAUUAGAGAGAGAGGGAAAGUUGGCAAUCCUUGCUGCAGUACAAGAAUGUCAAUUCAGAGUGUUGGAAGUUUUGUUUAAGUGGGAUGCUAACCCCGCCCAUCUCACAAUCAAUCAAGGAGACACACCUAUUCAUGCUGCAUUGUCCAUAGCCCUGGAGAGAGACAAAGGAAAUUUUUCUAUCCUCAAUUUGUUCUUUGAUAAAUAUGAAAAAGACCCAGAAAAAUACCCCAUGCUGGACCCCUCGCAGACUAACUCUGAGGGAGAUGGUUUGUUCCACCUAGUAGCGAAAGCCAAGUAUAGUGCAACCACACAAAAAGCCACAGAGUUGCUCUGUGACAAAAAAAUCAAUGCAUCCAUGUACAACACAGAGGGGAAGCUGCCCAAGGACUACCUGAACUCAAAGAAUGACAGAAGGUUACAGUUCUUCCGUCUGGCAUCUGUUGGAGGAGUUGUAAAACCAAAGAAGAAGCAGAAACCGAAACUGUCAAAAAUUUCUGAUGCUCAAACUCCCUCUGAAGACCAAGAGGAAAGUGAGCAGGAUGUCAUACUGUAUGAAAGACAGGAGGAAAUACCUCCAAAAUCAGAGGCGAUAAAAGACAGGAAGCCCAAGCUAGUGGUUUCUAUUCAGAAGGAGGUCAUAAAAAGACACAUAGAGGACAUGAUCUACAGUUUACCGGAUAUUCCUUACUCAAUCUUCAAUCCCAGGGUCAUAAAGGUUGAUGAAAUUCCAAGCUUCAAGCGAAAAAAGGAACCGUCUGAAGAAAAACAGAAAUCUGUGGAAUUUGCAAAACCAGAAGAAGUAGACGAGCAAGAGGCCCAGGAACCAGAGGAGGAUCAAGACAUAGAUGGGGUGGAGGAAGGGGAUUUACAGAUUGAUCCACAAGUGUUUGACAAUUUGGAAUGGGAAGUAGAGUGCACUGCUGAUGUCUGGAGAACUCUGAGAGAUAAGAAACUUCUGCCCGAGUUGAAGCAGAGAAUCAUGCGCAAAAUUCAGCUCCUGGCAAAGGGAGAAUGGAGGACACACCUGUGUAAAGAACUAAAAAAUGUCCCUGACUCUCUAAAACUGUAUGAAGCAAAACUCAGUAAAGCCAGUAGGAUAAUAUGGGAGUUGGCGAUUGCCUUCUCUCCACGGUUGAGUGAGAGUGCUGAGAAGAGACUGCAGUAUACAGAGGAUGGGGUUGAUCAGCCAGUCAAGGGAGGGAGGAUUUACUCGGAGGUCAUUCGAGUGUGGGACAUUGUGUUUGACCAUGACAAGAUUUUCAAGUCUGUACAACGCAUAACCAAGUCUCACCUCAGAGGUGAGGAAUGCAUCAUACAGAAAAAGUUAAUGGGGGUCAAACAGUCCCAGUUUCAAGGAAAGACAAAGAAGAGAUUUCCCAUGAUAUAUGCCGAGAGUGACAUGGACAUUGAUCCCAAAGCCUUGCAAGAAUAUCAGGAAAACUUACAGAGGUAUUACCCUCCUGCCAGCUCCAAUGAAACAGAAUACCACAUCUUGAAAUUCUACAAUUUUGAUUCCAACUUAGUUAGCCAUGUGUUACAAAAUCUUGAAGUCAAGGUGGAUUUUCCAUUUAGAGUGACUGAUUUAGAACAUGCUAUAAUUAACCUGAAGUCUGUGGCUCCCAUUUUGUUGCUUGGUCGUAGUGGGACCGGGAAAACUACCUGCUGCUUGUACAGACUUUGGAGUCAGUAUGUGACGUACUGGACAGGAGCAACAGAAGCCGAUGCCAAACUACUGCCGCGGUGUCAGAUCUUCAGACAAGAGGAAGAAGAUAAUGCUGAUGGAGAAAACGAGGCAGGAGAGGACGAGUUAGAGGAAGAGGCCAUUGAAGAAGAUCCGGUCCCAGCAGAUGCAGGGAAUGAAGAAGAAGAAAAGGAAGAGGAGGGACAACUAUAUGACCAUCUCCACCAGAUAUUCAUCACGAAGAAUGUUGUACUGUGUAGUGAAGUCCAGAAAAAUUUUAAGGAGCUCAGUCAUGCCUGUGAUGUAGCCAAGAACUAUGUUGCAAUGGAGACCGAGGCACUCCCCAACAGGAUACAGGACAUCAGCGAUUUCCAAUUCCCGGUGUUCACCACAUCCAAGAAACUGCUUCUAAUGUUGGAUGCUUCAUUAGAGCCACCCUGUUUCUUUGACAGGAAUGAAGAUGGAAGUCUAAAGGUGGAUGUCCAAGGAUGGACAGAAUCUGAUGGAUCCUUGAGCUUUCUUCCCAUUCUAGAAGAGGAGUCAGAUGAUGAAGACGAUGAGGAUGACCAAUAUCGAGAUGGUGACGUGGAUGAUAAUGACAGUGAUGAUGACCAAGAACGUGGUGACCGUCCGUGCAGAAAAGUGGACCCCAGGAGAGAGGUCACAUAUGAAGUAUUUGCUGAGGAAGUGUGGCCCAGAAUCAGUAAGAAGUAUUCAGGGCGCUAUCAUCCAUCGCUGAUCUGGAUGGAGAUCAUGUCCUUCAUCAGAGGGUCUUUUGAAGCUCUAUCAAAAGCUGAAGGGUUCCUUUCAAAGAAGGAGUACUUGGACUUGGGAAGAAAAAGAGCUCCGAAUUUUUCGGGGGAACGAGAACAUAUUUAUGAGAUUUUCAAGAAGUACAAUCACUUCAAGAAGCAGAAUUUCGUAUUUGAUGAGACAGAUUUGGUUCAGAAUGUUUACAACAGAUUUAAGAAAGAGAAGGAGAUGAGAUGGAUUGUCCAUCAGAUCUAUGUGGACGAGACUCAGGACUUCACUCAGGCUGAACUCUGCCUCCUUCUGAGGGUCUGUCAGUCUCCAAAUCAGAUGUUCCUGACAGGAGACACAGCCCAGAGCAUCAUGAGGGGCAUAUCAUUCAGAUUCAAUGACCUUCGCUCUCUGUUCUUCUAUGCCAAGAGAUCUAUGCAUGCUAUUGGAAAAACCUCUGGCGUGAAAGUACCAAAACAGGUGUAUCAGCUGACCCAUAAUUACCGAUCCCAUGCCGGCAUCCUGUACUUAGCCUCGAGUAUUUUGGACCUCAUGGUGGAAUUCUUCCCAGAAUCCUUUGAUCGACUACAGAAAGACCAGGGGCUGUUCCAGGGACCUCCCCCUGUACUGCUGGAGUCUUGUAGUUUUAGUGAUUUAGCUGUGCUGUUGAGAGGAAACAAAAGGAAAACUUCCCACAUUGAGUUUGGAGCUCACCAAGCAAUCCUGGUGGUGAAUGAUGCUGCUAGAGAUAACAUUCCAGAGGAGCUCAAUCUGGGACUGAUUCUGACAAUUUAUGAGGCCAAGGGACUGGAGUUUGAUGACAUUCUUCUUUACAACUUCUUCAAAGAUUCCCAGGCCACAAAAGAGUGGAGGGUAGUGACUGAGUUCUUGGAACGCUUGGCUGCAACAAACACACAAGCCACCAAGCAGAACAACUCUGAGAGUCUAGUGGAAAUUGACGCUGAAGUUCUCCAGCAAGCUGAUCGUCCAAGGCCUUUGGCCUUUGACCCUAACCAACACAAAGUGUUGAAUGCGGAACUGAAGCAUUUGUACACAGCUGUAACGAGGGCUCGUGUGAAUGUUUGGAUAUUUGACGAGGACAUGGAGAAAAGAGCACCUAUGUUUCAAUACUUCAAGGCUCGCAAACUGACCAGGAAUAUAACAAGCUCUGAAGUGGAAAAUGAUACAGCAGAUGGAAUGUUUGCAGAGGAGUCCACACUAGAAGAAUGGCUUAAGAGAGGAGAAGAGUUCAUGAAGCAUUCCUUGUAUGAGGUGGCAGCCAAGUGCUUUAAUCGUGGCAAGAAUUUUCACAUGGAGAAAAUCGCCAAUGCUCACCAGUCUGCACUUGUCGCUUCCAGAAUGAAGGAUAAUCCGGCGAAGAUGAGGGAGGCAUUCUUAGCGGCUGCUGAAAAGUUCCUGGAGUGUGAACUACCAAACAAGGCUGUCAUCUGCCUGCAGAAUUCCCGAGAAAAAGAAUUGGUGGCUCAUCUGUAUGAAAAAAUAAAUCAGUUGGAGAAAGCUGGUGAGACUUACCGCAAAUUGAAGCGUCCCAUCGAAGGAAGCAGGUGCUAUGAACAGCUAGGAAAGUUCAAUUUAUCGGUGGACACUUUGGUGGAGAAUGAUCUGUAUGAGAUGGCCAUUGAUACAUUACAGAGAUAUAAACUGUUGAAAAAGGAUUUGGAAAGGAAGAGAAUACCAUUGCCCCAGAUCCUUAGAGAUAAUGCUCCAAGAAACCUACACACAGUAGAAAGUCUGAGUUUUAAGGCAGCUGAAGUCUAUCAUCGCUCCGGGAACAAGGAGAAAAUGAUGGCAGCUCUGGGUCGUCUGCCCAAUCUGGAGGAAAGAACAGACUUCCUGAUUCACAAAAGCUACAUAGAGGAAGCAGCUAUGCUGUUCCAGGAGGCUGAAAAACUUGAAGAAGCAGUGGAUUUGUAUGCCAAAGGGGGCAUGAGUGAGAAAGCUCUAGAAUGUGCACAGAAGUUAGGGGACAAAGGUGUUAUAGGGCAGAGUCUGAUCCUGGACUGCAAGAUAAGGCUAAGUCAGUAUGAAAACUAUAAGGACAUAGAUGAAGAGGUGAAAAAUGAAUUGUGUGAAAACCUGAACCAAGCAUUUUAUAACCUUCAAGAUUUGGAGAACAAAGUUGCAGCAGGCGAAGCAGCAUUUUUAAGAGGGGAGCUCACAGGAAAUAGUGAGUUCAUCAACAAGGCUUUUGGGGCAUUUAGUCAUUCCUACCCACUUCGAUCAGGAGAGGCAGGGCAAUUGGAGUGCAUGCAUUGGAUGGCUCAUAACUCUGAUCUAACAAGUAGGAAAAACCUUUACCAAUGCAUCUUAGGAAUGCAAAAUCUUUUCAGAGUAUUGUUAAUAUUAUCUAAGCCUGUCAAUGAUGAAGAAAGAAGGCGUCUUCAAGAAAUCUUUAAAUUCUUUGGAUUUCAUCCAGCUGAGGAAGAGGAUAAGAUUGUUUAUUAUCCAAAAAAACAACCAAGAGCACUAAAGAUCUUGGAUCAGACAACUAAUCAGGCCUUUAAAUGUAAAGAAGACAAGAUGAAGAUUCAGACCAAAAUCUUGAAGUUUCUCGUGAAGAGAGGUAUCCAUUGGAAGAAGAAAUUAGAAGAAGCCAUCACUACUGUUAGGAACAAGAGAUGUCAAUGUCCAGCAUAUAAACUUGGAGAAUCCUGUGGAAGAUUACAGGCAGUGGAUGAUGCAUCUAGUCAAACUCCUUGUCCAUUUCUUCAUGUUCCUUUAAUGCCUAAGAGUUUUGAUCUUCUGACCGAGUAUGACAUGAUGGCUGUUGAACUUGAAGUGUAUGUUCAGCACGGUGCAGAGGAUGUCAUGGAAAGAAACAAGGAGCUGAGUGAUGAUGUGUCGUGCUUCAUUCCUAAAGAUUUCAAAGAAAAAUACAGAGCAUGCAUCUGGUUGUUGGAGGAUUUGAUUCCAGAGAAUUAUCAUAUUGCUAAGAUAUCUUCAGACCCUGAUCGGGUUCGUGAUUUGCUUAAGAAGUUGAGGAACUAUAAGGCUGGAUAUUUAAGAAAAAGAAUGAUCAGGUAUUUAAAGAGUUUGUAUGAGGAAAUGCAAAAGAAAGAGAGGAAAGACAAUAUCAAGGUGUUUGUAGUGAUACGCUUUGUCAAUCAUUUGUUAAGUCUUCAAAUCAAACCAAAGCCAGAUGAAAUCAUGUUCAACUUUGAGCAAUCUAUGGACAAAGAAUGCCCAAAGAAGGAGGAAAAGAGAAAGGAUUGGGCAAUUAGACUUGGAUUAAUGUUGGACGAACUUGAUGGGAAAACAUACAUUCGCUCAAUUGCGAGAAGGUUCUGUGAUGGGUAUGAUCAGAUAAUGGGAUACAACAAUGAUCCGCUAGAAGCUGUGAUUAAGUUCACCAAGUUCUGUGUUUUGAUGAGCAACACCGGAAGUACGGAACUUCUGCCCCACUACAAUCAUCUCCUCUUGUGGAUGGAAUACUACACCACAGUUGCCUUCUGUCUGUCUGCCAAAUUGCAGAACACGCCAAACUUCUUUUUUGUUGUUCCAGAAUCUUACAUUUCAAUAGUCUAUUUCAUUGAUGCCACAUUUGUUCAUGAGAAUGGUGUAGCAACAUUUGAGGCUGUUCAAAGGCACAGAAGCUGGAAAAAUAAUGUCACCAGUCUCCUUCAGGAUCGUUUGAGAAGAAUGAUUGGUAUCUUAUGUGGGUUUAGCUCAAGAAUAAACCUCAUUCAUCAUGUCUUUCAAUCCAGCAAUCCUGAGAUGGAAGAUGGAAGAUUUGGGAUCGCAGAGAGACUCCUUGUUCUUGUUCUUGUGUAUGUUUGCAAUCUGGGUAAGUGUGUUUUUCCGGAUGUGGAAACCACUUUGAUGGGAGAACUUUGCAAAAUUGACAUACAGGAGAACUACCCUAACAGACUGUCUGAAACUCUGCAACUGGUGCAACAAUCAGAUAGUCCAUCAGAUGUGGCCAAAGCACUCCAGAUUCUGCUGUCAAAGAGGGAGACUGAUUCUCUGAGAUACUAUAUAUGGGAUAAGAAUUUCAAAAGAAACGGUCUUAGAAGUACGGAGCUAAAGGCUACAGAACUGAACCAAAAGUUUUUCCAUGAAGAAGAGACACUUCAAGUUAUGGAUCACCCUCACGACGUAGUUUUCAAUAAUUUUAAGACUGUAGAGCAAGGUGAUGAUAUGGAUACACAGAUAACAAUGGAGGAGAAACAGAAAAUAGACAGAGAUAGAAAGGAACAAGAGAAACAAGACAGGGAGGAUAGAGCCUGCAGAGUUAUUACUGAGUUCAUACGAAGGUCCAUUUUAAGGUCCAAGGCUCAGAAUCUGACUGUCCUAGUGCAAGAUCAACUGAAACGUGAGAAAAGGGAAGAAAAGCUGAAGGUGUUUAAGUCAGCAGAAAUAACAGACACAAAAUGUGGUGUUUGUGGAGUGCAAUUUCGAGAGAUCGGUACAGAUCAUGCCUUGCCUGUAGACAGACAGUCCUCCACUGAAUCUGAAACAUCUCAACUUCUCCAACCUCCCAGUCCUCUGCAGCUACCACAACCAAAUUUUAAUCCAGUGCUGCAGAACUCGUUAACUCCAAGCCCAGAUAAAUUGAAAGACAAUCCCUUUGCCAAGCUAUUUGAAAAUCCUUUUGAAAAGUCUACUCUUGAAACCAGAGAAGAUCAUGAACAAUCACAAAAGCACAAAGAAAUGGUGAAAUUUUACCAAUUCUUCAGAAACAAAUAUAUGAGGAAGAUUUCAGAACCACUAGAGGAAGUGAGAAGCUUCAUCCAGAAGUAUAAAUUAGGAAGAGAAACGGCUGAAAAAUACUACAAAACAGAGAGUUACCAUAUCAUCAACUGUUGUCAUCAGAAGGAAAAUGUGGAAUCAAAAAUCAAGACAAUAAUUGAAAAGAGUGACUGGCAGAAUGAGGAGAUAGAGCAAGAUGUUCAUGAAAUGGAGGGUCUCUUCAACGAUAUCAAAGAGUAUGUAGAGGAGGAAGCAAAGAAAAGGAAAGAGAGAUCAGACAAGCAGAGAGAGAAAGCUUUACGAGCCAAUCAAAAUGCCGAGGACUUUGAGGAUGAAUUGGAUCGCAUUGAACAGGUGGUGGAGGAACCACAACGAGAGAAGCGCCCCAAGGGGAGGGGUAAAAGAAAAAGUCAGAGGAGAUGAGGGCAGCAGAUGGUGGGAGGACUCCGGUGAACUUGUGACGAGUGCUGGCGCCUUUAGAUACAUUAUUAUUUUGUUAACAUUUCAGUUUAGUGUUAUAGAAUUCAUGUUAUGUUUGAAAUGUUGAAAGUACCAGCACACAUUUGCAUAGUUGUUGAUGUACAUACAGUAGGUUGUUUUUGUUAUUGUAAUUUUUUUUUCAUGUGUAUAACUUUAAAAUGAUUCUAUAGAAUUUAAAACCUUUAUCAUACAGUCAGUAAAUUUUCAGAACAUCUGAGUGAGAAUGUUAUUGACUUUUGUUUACUGUGUCAAUAUUUUUCAAAUUUGUUGAAACUUCGGGGGGGGGGGGGGGGGGGGGGGGGCAAAUGAUUUUGUAGUAGGUCUAAUCCUCACUUCACUUUAAUUUGUGCAUACAUAGUUCAUAAAACAUGUUGAGGACAUAAACUUAAAUAUAUAUUUUUUAGGUAUUUUUUUAGAGUUAUAUUUGAUAAAUGAAAAUAAAGAAUAUACACUUACCUAAAUGGUGAAGUAUCAGUCUCACAUUAGCUCCAACUUUGAUAUAUUGGCUCAUGAAAAUCAUGUAUCAUGGACAGAUAUUUGGUGUCAAAGUCUCGUUUUUGUUUUAAAAUUAAACAUGCAUAUAACACAUAAACAUGGUCAACGCCUGCUUUGUUGUGACAUAUAUCAUGAAUAAACACUGCUUAACCCUU